AUGAUGAACACAACUGGACCUCCCUCACUCAAUCUUACCAUUCACUCUGGAUAUUCCUUACCAAAGGCUGAUUUACUUUCUUCAAUUGAUGCCUAUUGUGUUGUAUAUGUUCCAUUGUUGGGUGGAAAGUUGGAUAUUAUUAAAACCAAGGUUAUUGAUGAUAAUGCCAAUCCUACAUGGAAUGCUGCCUUGUUUCGUACAGAUGUUGAUGCCAGUCGUGAUAUGUUGAUUGAAGUUUGGGAUAAAGAUGCUCUCAAAGAUGAAAUUGUAUGUCGUGUUAAUGUACCUUUGCCAAGAUUGUGGAAUGAAAGAUAUUGGAAUAAUCAAAAAUUUGUUUUAGAAUGUUUGGGAAAGCACAAACCAUACAAGGGAGCAUCAGAGUGUGGUCUAGUAAUUUCUGCCUUCUCUCAGAUUUCUUUUGCUGAUCUGGUUCAAAGAGUGAAUGCUCCAAAUAAGUUUGUUGAUCCAGUUAAGAAGAUAUUGGUCUAUCCAAUCAUUGGAGUUUUGGAAGAUAAGCUUUAUUUGAAGGUUUCUAUCACUAAACGAUUCAAAGUUUCCAUUCUCGAUACAUCCUUGAGCAGAAAUUUGGCCCUAUUCGAAAUUGUUGGAAGAGAUGUUGGCACCAAAAUCAUUACAGCCAAGAGUCCAAAGACCAAGUUUGGAAUUACCUACAGAAGAAAACUCAAAUUGAAAAAGUGUGAUCCACAUGCUCUUGCCAAUCUCAAACUCCUUGUUGCUGGAUUAACUAAAGUUGAAUCAAAGGGUGUUGAUGUAAUUGUUGGAGAGCAUGGAUGGGCUGGAUCAAUGUCCUACGAUCAAGCUAAAAAGACUCUACGUAAUAUUACAGUGGAUGAACAGAAAAAGAGAAUUUUCAUGAAUGAAGCCAACUAUGCUUACAUGGUUGACUAUGAUAGCUCAAAUUUUGAUCAAAAGAUUUGGUUAAAGGAAGAAGCAUCUGCCAAAGGUUAUCAUGCUGAAUUCAUUUACCAUAAGGGAAAGAGUUGUGUUGUCACUUCACAUCAAGAACCACAGUUACAACAACAUACUGGAGCUCUCUAUAGAUUUAGCUCACAGGUAAAGGACUCUGAAUAUGGAACACCAUUCAAAGAAUUCUCAGUUGAUUUGUACCAAAGAAUCAAUCCUAUGCAAGUAAUGCUCAGUGGAACUUAUCUACCAUUAUUGUAAUUUAUUAAAUUUUGUAAUGGUUCGU